AUGAGCGCAUCAUCAUCAACUUCGUCCUCUUCUUCGCAAAAUUCGACUCCAACAUCAUCAUCAUCAUCAUCAUCAUCAUCGACGACAAAACCAACAACUGCUGCUACCACCACCACCUCUCGCCCCUCGCGUUCUCCGUUCGGUGGUCGAUUUAUGUUGAACAACAACAAGAAGAAAACAACGUCGUCGACACCAUUGAAAGCAGCGACGAACAAAGGAAUGCGCGCGGCGUCUUUACAUCCGUUGAAGACGUCUUUGCACAAAUCGUUCUUUUCACAAGACGUGUCCUCGUCGACGACUAUUGAAGGCACCGUUCGACAACAUCCGUCGCAAACGUCCACACCGUUUUCGUUUCAAAUGCCCUCGGGAUUGGCACGAUCGCAACAAGUGCACAUGCUGCAACGGUUCUUGAAUCUCCCCGCGUUACCGUCGUACAUCAAAAACGAAGGAGGGUUCGUGUUGGAUCGAGUGGUCACGCAGUUUGGAGGUAACGAGUGGUGGUCAACCGCGACGCUACGCAUUCGCGCGCAGAGGAUGUGGAACACGAGAGAAACGGUAGACGGGAAACCACAUCGAGCGAUGAUGUUACCGAGCAUGUACGGGUUAGGCGCGAAGGUUCGUGUUGGCGUUUUUGAAAAGACGACGUUGAAAGGGGUGGUAGAGAUGAAGUCUUUGACGAGGUUGGUGCGAAAGUUUAUUUUACCGGCGAGCGCGGAUGAGAACAUUUUGUCGGGUAAAACAAAUCGUAAAAAUAGCGCAGGGAACACGAACAAUAAUUCAGACUUAUCCAAAAUUUACUCCAUUUUAGAUGGAAGCAUGGAAAGAAGAACGGAGGAAGAAAGAGACGCGGAGCGAGCGAAUAGAGCGCCGACGAGCUGUAGGAUUACGUUGACGAGUAAAAUUUUACCCGGGCACACGAUGAGUUGCGACUUGAGUUCUGGAGAAAAGUAUCAAGUCGAUGAUGGUUACAUCGAUGGACCAACAGUCGCACAAGCCUCGAUAAGUUCUCGCGGACGUCGACAGGUGCAUUAUAAAGCGGGUGUUAGCCAGAUUUUAGAUAAGCAUUUACCAGACUUUGAAGCAAAGGUGGUUAAAAACAAAGGAGCUGGGACGACGUCGUCGUCUUCGUCUCGCGCUAAAAAAUUUCAGAAACCGCCAAGACGAGAAGCGCGGGCGGGUGUUUCUGUAGAAGAGCAAGUAAUGGUUUGGAAAGGAAAGCGUCGGAGAAAGAAAAAAUCGGGCAACAGCUUGGCGACAACGACAGCGAGUAGUUAUUCCGCGUUGCCGCAAAUGCCAAACUUAACGUUUGGAUUUAUAGCGGGGGUCAUUGGACGAUGGAAUUUAGAUGGGAGACACAUCAUCGGAAGAUCAUCGUCAAGGUCGCGAAGACGCAUGAGAAAGAAACAGGGCAAAGGCGAUACGUCUAUGAAUAGAACCAUAGACGACUCCAUAUUAUCGACCGAAGAUGACGACGACGAUGACGACGACGAUUUUUAUAACGAUCGAACCGUGGACGCCUCGACGAAUUCCGCGCUCGAUAACGCAAGUAACGCCCUUCCGCCGCUGAAAUGCGAGUUGCAUAAUUUUCUUAGCGCAUCGAUGCACUUUCAAAUCGGUUCAUUUUCAAGAGCCAUCUUAGAUUUAACGAGUAUAGACGUGCGAGUUGAUGUAGGAGCGCGCCAAGAACAACCAAACGCACUGGCAUUGCGAGACUCAAAUUUUGGAUACAUGAUUCCCGAGAAUUUCGAUAAAAAUUCAAAGGAAAACGCACAAGACAACGUUGGAAAGAGAAUUGCAACUCGGGCGCAAAAGUUUUUAACCAUGGACGGUCUUUUAGUUCCCGAUCCAUCGUCUGUGACGGUAUCUUUGUGUCAACAAAUUUUGGGACCGAUCACGUUCAAAGGAGAAAUCCGUGCCUCUGGGGGAGAUACGCUGAAUGCGUUGCGCGUAGGCGCGAAGAAAUUGACCGAACGCAAGUCUUUGCAAGAGUGCAGAGAUGAAGCGAGCAAAGAAUUGAAAAACCCAGAGAUUAUUUAUGGCGUAGACUGUCCUUUGCCACCGGCGUUAGGCACGGCGAGAUUAGUCGGGUGGUACAACGUGAAUAGGCAGGAAGCCUUUGUGGAAUGUAGACUUUUCGAUAUGUAA